AUGAGUGACAUAGUCGGUGCGACCAGCCUCCCGCCGGAAAUGUGGAUGGUCGUCGUGGACCACCUCAAGCACCCUUGGGAUGUGGCCGCCUUGGCUCAGACGUGUCGCCGCCUUCAUGCUGUCGUCAAUCCUCUCUUGUACGAGCAUGCCGCCGAACACGGCUUCGACCUCAGAGCUCUUGUCUGGGCCAUCCGAUUUCGUCUACUCGGCACGCUGAGCCACGCCCUCGCUGCCGGCGCCGACCCCAACAAAGUGUGGCGGUAUUUCGAACCUGGAGCUGCACGGAGGAGCGCCCCUACAUUUGACGAGUGUAUUGGCAGUGUACCCGAUACGACCCAGUCUGAUUUCAAUCUCGUUUAUCCGCGGCCCUAUUGUUCCCCGCUGCACAUCGCAGCAUCCUUGGGCGACGUCGAGGCAAUGGGAAUGCUGCUUGAUCAUGGCGCCGAGCCUUAUGCCGGCUCGUCCAGGGUCUGCAGGUGCUACGACAUUCAGCAAUAUGCAGAUCCGAGCCACACCUCUAAUUUCAUCAAUCAAUCGCCGCGCAAUCCGAGAUGGACGCCUGCUCAUGUCGCUAUAUGCACAGGGAACAUCAGAGCAUUCGAGCUCCUCUCCUCAAGAGGAGGUGGCGUCGAAAUGCAGAGCAUUGAUCCAAAUCCAGCUACGGCUUAUUCUGGAGUGACUCCUAUCCACGUCGCUGCCAUGUCUGGCCAGGCUGAGAUGCUGGAGUGGUUACUGGAAUCUGACCAUGAAUAUGACGUGGACGCCCUGGAUGCCAGUGGCAAAACGGCUCUACUCUAUGCCUAUUACGCUCAUCACUGGGACUGUGUCACUCUUCUGGUUCGCAACGGCGCGGAUAUCAACAGAGACAACAGGAUAAUUUUAAUGCUAGAGAGGCAGGGAUACGACCCCAUCUACAUUGUCGAUGAUGAUAUCGAUGUCUUAUCACAAGGAACACUGUUAGAAGAUUCAAUGACGCCGUCCAGGUUCGACGAUGCCCUCCGGCUCCUCGACCUCGGAGCUGAUCCCGUAAUCACGGACCGAACGCUUCGAAUCGGAAAGUCGCUGAUCCACAAACUGUGCCUCUCUGCAUGGUACACCCUCCCGUGGGACAUCACCAAGGUGGAAAGCAAGCCUGUUCAGACCGCCGGGAUGAAGCUCCUCAACCGCUUCCUAGAUUUGGGCCUCAACUUCCAGCAGACCGUUACGUAUCCGCCCCUAAUGUACGAUGAAGGGCAUGAGUUGGGAUAUACAGCCCUGGGUUACGCAGCCCGCGCCGGGAAUCUACUCGCAGUCCAAAGACUGAUUCAGGCCGGUGCAAAUGUUGAUGGGAAUCCAGAAGAGGACGUGAACACGCCCUUGGCCUGCGCGUGCAAAUAUACGAAUGGCAAGCCGGUAAUGGAGCUGGUGACUCUUCUAGUCAAGGCGGGCGCUUCCGUGAACCGACUCAGGCCCCUAUCAGAAGCUCCUCUAUGGGUCCUCCAUCGGGCUUUUGAUGACGACGAACCUAUCCCUGAUAGGCUGCUGGACAAGGUGACAGACUAUCUCCUGAAGCAAGGUUCCAACCCCGGAAGAGGGACAUCCAACGGUGAUGAUGUGUAUUACACCGCUCUAGACUAUGAGCUGUUGUCUGGCAAUUUGGCAGAGUUUGAGUAUCUUCUCUCGAAAUCUGCAGAGGGUUCACUUGGGGACGAUGAUAUUCUCGGCUUCUGGAAGGCGGUUAAAUCGCGCCCCUCCGGAGACGACAUCGCAUAUGUCAUCAAGAUGGAUAGGAAAGGCUUAAUCGCGAAGAAAGACCCGACCGCUCUGCCAUUUGUCAUUUGCCAAAAUGAGAUUGAUCCUGAGCUCGUGGAGCACCUUCUCAAGCUGGGUGUUGACCCCAACGUCAGCUGGUCGGGCAACACUCCGCUAGGCUGUAUCCUGCAGGCAGAUCGCACGGAAGAGUCGAUAGUUUUACGCAUAGUCAAGAGCCUUCUGGAAUUCGGAGCCUCAAUCUUCCAGACGCUAGAGCCGUUCCACUUUACGGACCUUGACGAAGGGGCUCCUCAAACUCCCUUGGGCCUGGCUAUCCACAUGCGGUAUACAUCGUUUGAAGUUCUCGAGGUUUUGCUGGAGCAUCAGCCUUUGAAAGACGCCCCAGAUAUCGACCCCUUUGAGUAUAUUUUGCAGGCUUGUAUGGCGGGAAGCACAGAGGCACUUACAGCUCUCUUCGUUUCACUGGGUGCAUCGUCCCCCUGA